GUUUCCCCCCCUUCUAUAGCCCCGCCUACUAAUGCUUACUCCCAUCUGUUCCCCCUUAAGCCCCAAAAGCCAUAGAUUGCUGGCGCGCGGGGGAAAACAAGAAGGGGAGGCGCGCGGGCGGCCGAGCGCCCGCGGGGCCGGUAAAAUUGUCCUGGCGCGCGCUCUCCCUGUCUCCUGGACGGUGUCCGACGAGGCUCCUUCUACGGCAGCUACCCUCUCCCUUAGGACCGCCUAGGCCUGGAAAAGCGAAACCUAAAGAAGGAGGCCCUUAAGAAGUUGCGGCGAGGCCAGGCCGGCGGCAAUGUCCCUGAGGAGCGGCCAGGGGCGCGCGGUUGCGUUGCUGCGGGUGACCACGACGGCGGCGACGACAGCCUCGAGGGCGGGGGGCCUGCACCGCUUCCUUCCGUCCGCGGCGACCUGCCUGUUGCCUGCUUUUCCUCCUCGCCACGGAGCCCUGCCGGGGCUCUGGGCCCGACAGUGAGCCGCCGCGGGCUGGGCCCGGGCGGAAGAGCGCGAAGACCGAGAUUGCGGGGCGCAAGGAGCUGCCGAGGGGGCAGCCUGAGCUUCGGCCGCUUGAGCAUGGGAAUCCUCUUCACCCGGAUAUGGAGGCUGUUUAACCACCAGGAGCACAAAGUGAUAAUAGUUGGGCUUGAUAAUGCCGGAAAAACUACUAUUCUUUAUCAAUUAGGCUCCUGACCAUAAGAUGUACCUAGGUUUAGAGGAGGAAAACCAGAAAAAAAAAUCUGUCUCUGCCUCCCAGCGUCCAUGCAGUAUUCAUCUGCUAGUGUCCUUGCAGCAAACAGACUGCCGCCUCUGUGUCUGCUGCCUCCGCCAGAAAACGCUGGAGCCUUCGCCUCCGAGCAGCUGAUUGGCGGUUGGAUUGUCCUUCCGGGAUAUUGCUGAUCAGCUGUUUGAGGUGGCUGGGAUCGCUGCUGCCAUUCAACGCUGAUGUGCAUCUGUUGCCCACAAAUAUGGGAGACAGAUGCACAGACAUUUCCACCCAUUUUUGGGAGGAAAAGAAGUGCAUCUUAUGGAGCAAAAAAUACGUUCUAUGAAUGAAGUAGUGCAUACUUCUCCAACAAUAGGUAGCAAUGUGGAAGAGAUUGUAGUUAAUAAUACUCGUUUUCUUAUGUGGGAUAUUGGAGGCCAAGAAUCUCUUCGAUCAUCAUGGAACACAUAUUAUACAAAUACUGAGUUUGUGAUAGUUGUUGUGGAUAGCACAGACAGAGAAAGAAUUUCCGUAACUAAAGAAGAAUUGUAUAAAAUAUUAGCACACGAGGACUUGAGAAAAGCAGGCUUGCUCAUCUUUGCUAACAAACAGGAUGUUAAAAACUGCAUGACGGUAGCUGAAAUUUCUCAAUUCCUGAAACUAACAUCUAUUAAAGAUCACCAGUGGCACAUCCAGGCAUGCUGCGCUCUUACUGGCGAAGGACUUAACAUUUCUAAUUUGCCAAUGAGUGCAAAUGCUCUCCACUGCCCAAAAAAGGAAGAGGAGGAAACCACACCCCCACCAAUGCUGGCAGAACAAGCUAUUGUAUAUACACAAGGAGCACACCUCACACUGACUAAUAGUGUUGAUAUUACCUACUGGAAUAAUGAAGUAUCUGCAAACAAAACAACCAAAUUUAGAGAGCAGCAAGGAUUCUGUAAAUACGUCGGUGUGAUAGCACCAAAUACAUAAUGAUUAUGCCAAGGACUUGAAUGGAUGAUGUCAAGACUUAAAAUCAGAUGAUUCUAACUCUACACAGACAUUGUACAAAAGAGAACUGGCGACUUGGCUGUGAAUUAUUGGCUCCUGUAUAUUUAUAAAAACAAGAUGACUUUUUCUUUUGCUACCUAAGAGAUUUCAAACAAGAGAAAACAAUUGGAAGUUAAGCCUUGACUUCCUUUGAUGAUUUCUUUGAACUGACAUUUAAAUACUGUGGUUGGCCUUUCUUUUAUCAAGAAAUAAUGUGCGGAGAUCAAAUACAAGGAAAGAAUUUUAACUUUUAUUUUUUAUUAUUCAAAUCUAACUCACUAAAUUGAUAUGCUGACUUUAUUAUUUCCACAAAUCAGAAAAAAAAAAUCAGUGGUACAGGUACUGACUGUCUAGUAUUGAAACCGACUGGGAUGCGUUUCAGAAGUGCAAAAAUGUUCCUAUAUGUGAACUAUAUGUUUUAUGUAAUUAUACCUCAUGUUAAGCUUGAUUAAAAUCUGUUGAGCAAAUUGAUUAAUAUCAUUAAUUCUGUCCAUAGUACUCCUUAAGUGGCAGUAUGUGAUUUGAGCCACUUUGGACCUGUUUGAGUUCCAUGUGUUACAGCCAAUCUUUUUUGUCUGACACCAAGCAGGUUCUGUCAGGACAAAUUCUUUUAUCUACUUUCUAACUCCUCUCAAUCUUCACCAGAACUUUGGUGAAGCUGUAGCAAGCUUUGGGAUAUAUAAGAGGAGGCUGCUAAUUGGAGAGGAUGCUGAGAAUGUUCAACCAGGUCAUCAAAACCCUAUGCAUGGAAUGUUUUGUAUCACACUGUGGCAGUAGGUUUGAGGUCAAACUAUUUAAAUUUGUAAUGGUUUAUUAAAAAAGGUGGUGUGGUGGGGGAUGCUGCUAGUAUAUCAUUAUCCUUUCUGUAUUACUCAAAAGCAACCAAGACAAAAAUACAAGUUAUGUAUUAUUUUAUGUAUAUCCUGCAGUUUAAAACAACCACAAAAGAAUUAAGAUUCAAUGUAUUAUUAUUUAGAAGUUUACACUUUGAUUGCAUUUUCUGAGAUAUGAAUUGCUUCAAAUAGAACAUUUGAGUUACCUGAAAUAUGCACUGUGGUUCAAAAACAUCUUUAUACUUGGUGGUAUGCAUAGAAUAUUACCAUUUGAUGUGUGAUGUUGAAGUUAAAAGUGGGUUUAAUCCAAAAGAAUAGACUAAUUAGGAAUUUCACAGAAUAGGUAUAAACUUGGAGUGUCUUCUGGGGAAAUUGAUGACAUGCUCUUUAUGUGACCUAAAAUGAACAGAAAUUUGUAAUUACACUAAGUUGCACUUAAAGUCACUUGAAUGAGUAAUCUUGAACAGUCUUAUUGAUUUAAUAGAUAAGAUCAGCUAAGUUUUGAUCAAUUCCAUUGCUACUUUAUAGGGGGCAAAGACCAGAAUAUAAAUAGCUAUAUUAGUAGCCUAUUAAUUGAGCCAUUUGCUUUUCAGAUUCUCUAGGAACAUCCCGUGUGUGUAUCCAUGUAUGUGUGCGUGCACACGCACGCACAUUUAUAUGACUUGAUUCAUCUGUUCCUUAAAUUGAAAAUUUAAACUAAAUGCAUGGACCCUACAAAGUAGUUUUCCAGUUUUAUAUCUUCCCUGUUUCAAAACUUGAAGUGCAUUAAAAUAUGAAUAAACUAAUUUUCCUGUUACUUUACGCUGCAGUGAUUAUAAAGGUGGAUAGGAGAAUAAGUUGGUGCCUGGUAUAGGAAAAUACAAAUUAUUUGAGAUACUAUUUUAGUCUUCUGAAUGUUGUGCUUAGCAUUCUUUCCAGGCUUAGGGGGUUAUUUAGUAUCGGAUAAACUAAACCCCUUCCCUCCUUUUUUUUUUUUAAAAAUCAGGCAUUAAGUAUAACUUGGUCUGUAUAUUUCAAGUUGGAUCAAAGCAAUUUAAAUGGUUGGAACUCAAUACUCUGGCUGCUUUGUACAACAGCUCAUCAGCUUUUCUGAUUGGAGACAUUCUUAAAAUUAGCAGUGCCAUUAAACUACAUAUCAGUAUUUGGCAGGAGAAAAAAAUGGCACACACUUUAAAAAAAAUGUUUUACCACAAACUGGUUUUGAAAUAACUCUUAACUUUGAAAUCAGUUUGCUGUGGAGAUGUUUUUUUAAGAGGCAUAAACAAAUAUUUAAACUUCUUGUACAUUGUUCCGUGCCACUUUGAUUCCUACUCAUAAUAUUUUGUUUGAAAAAAAAUCACCUGUCAUCGGAUGACUGCCCUGAGAAAAAUUAUGUUUCAACUUGAACAUAAUUAUAGUUAAGAUUGAACUAGAAUGCAUAAACCUUUUGACUAUAUCCAAGUUACCAAAUUUAUUUAAGUACCCAUACUAACUUUAACAAAUAUGAAUGAGAGUGCAUGAGUUCCCAAACAGGAUGGGUUUCUCUAGGUUAAAAAACCAAUUUCCUUCCGACAUUCUUAUCUUGACUCUCAGACUAAGAAUAAAAUGGCAGAUGGAUAUGAGAAGAGUGAUUUGCCCUCUGUUUUCAAUGAGUUCAGUAAAAUUGAAAGCAUAGAAACCCACAGGCAUAAUCCAGCUCUGAUUUUUGACUGACUCUCAGCAUUAACAAAAACGAUGCUUUUACAACUUUAUUUCAGCUUUGAAUCAACUAGCAAUGGGCAGUUGGAUACAUUGAAAAGAAGAAAGCUUAAUACAAAGCCUUUGGAUAAUUAAUCUUAUUUUAGAGCAAGACAUUAUCGAUCAGUUCUUUAAAGCUAAAGCCCAUUUUUGUUUUCAGGUAUAUUUUUAUAUACAUACAGCUAUGUGUGAACAUUAAUUUCAAAUUGAACUGUUACUGCCAUUCCUCUAAAAUGUGCUGGGAGACUGGACGUUGCUCCUACUUUUGAUUUUCAAGCCACACCAUUUUUAUCAAGAGGAUUUAUGCGUGCUUAUUAAAAUAAUACUUCUUUACGUAUAUACGAGAAAAGCAUACAUUGCUGUGUGCACAUUUUGUGAUCAGGUAUAGACAACAUCUGUUUUUAAGAGUGAAGGGAAAAAGUGUUCUGUGCUUCCAUAGGACCUGUGAACAAUGGUAUUUUGGUUGAUGUCAGUCUGUAGAGAAGCAGAUCAGGAUAAUACACCCAAGACAAGCAGAACAUAACUAGUUUCUAGAUUUAGGUUGAUGAAAGAAUUGAUUUACCAUUUUGGGGUUCGUUUUUAAAAUUAGCCCUGGCUGCAUGCUUGCUUCUGUGCCUAUAUGUAAUGCCUACUUAACGUGUAAAUUUUGUAAAUAAAGGAUUACUAGAAAGAUAAA